AUGGGCCAGCGUCAUAAGGUCUUAGAGACUGACAACCCAACCGCAAAGUUUCUCUACACUAUCAUCAAGCAAUUAGACUUGAAAUCGAUCAACUGGAAUCGUGUUGCCUCCGAUCUUGAGAUAUCAAAUGGUCAUGCUGCUCGCAUGCGAUAUUCCCGUUUUCGACAACAGAUGGAUGGAACUACAGGAGUGACCAGGGCAAAAAGAAAGUCGAAGAAAGGCAAAGCGGUGGAACCACCACCUGAAAUGCAAGCAGUUUCCCCAAUGGACCUAUCUAUGAUGCCCAAGAUGGAGCCCGUGGACUCAUCCUUGCACAGCACUCCGUUUUUCAAAAGCGAGUCGAGAAUCCAAGGGUACCCAAGCACGCAGGAGUUUGCGAAUUAUCCUCCCCAGUCAAUGCCCGACAACAGUAUACAGUCGUACCUCUACCUGCCACAAGACUUUGCAUCAAGGGGGUUCCAAUAUGCGUCGAGAAUGCCAUCUGGCCUACCAUUGGUCAGCUCGGGGACAUCCUUCAUGAACCCAUACCAAUCUCCGGAAAUUUCAACCAGCUAUCCAUAUGUAUUGACAACAGGACAAACAGACUUUGACACGCAGGAUUUUGGAAUGCAGCUGCCCUUAUCUAGCUUUGGUCCAACCAUCAGUUGGGAGCCCCGGCCGUCUUCUCAUGAAGGUCUUGACAUGGUGAAACUCGAAGAAGGGCAAUCGAGUAAGGCGAGAGCCUUGGAUCUCGGCGACCAGCUUGGCAAACUGCCCAUUCAAGCCGUCGACCGUUCCAUGGACGAUGUUAUUGAUCUUCCUGACCACCACACUCAAACUCAACAUCCCAUUCACCAUCCCGCUCAAAGCUUUACCAACCGUCAAGUCAACCCAACUGCUCACCACCAGGUGCAAAGAAUUGUUGAUCGCUACCUUGAUCACGCUCAACAGCAGAUCCAAAACACCACUGAACCCCACGCUCAAUAUCCCAGUCAGCGCCCCGCCCAAAACCAGAAUAAUCGUCACGUCGAUCUACCCGCUCAACUCCAGGCUCAACAGAUGGCUGAUCACAAUCCUCAUCUCAUUCAAGAGCAGGCCGAGGAAAUCGGUGGCAACCGGGUUGACACCCCAGAUCAACAGCAAACUCAACCUAUGGCUCAAAAUCCGGCUCCAAGUCCUGUCAAACACUCAGUUGACCAGUCCGCUAAGCAACCCGUUCGGACACCUGAUCCGCGACCUGUUGAGAUGUCCGUUCCAAUAACCUCUCAACAGCCUCUUCUGGAGCUUGCUAAACCUGUCCAGCAAGCCGUUCAGCAACAUAUUCGGCAGCCUGCUCAGACACCAGACCAGAAUUCCACCCAGAAAGUAGCUCAGUACGCACUUCAACAACUCGUCCAGCAGCCCGUUCAAACACCCACUCAAGGACCUGCUCAGAACCCUGCUCAAAACCCUGCUCAACACCCUGCUCAACACCCUGCUCAAGAAAUCGUCGAUGAGGAAAUUGACUACCCCUUCCGAUACACAGUUCAACAGUCAGGCCAAAACGCUAGCAGGGACCGAAAGAACAGAGGGCAGUCGUCCAACUUGAGACAACGCAAGAUUGAGCAAGCCUCGGAGACUCAGAUGUGGUUCAAGGCGCAGCAGAUUCGGUAUUUCUAUGAUUAUUAA